AUGGAUCUUCUCCCUAGAGCUUUUGUGCAGGUUGCUGAAGGUGAAAGCAGUUUAACUGUGAUGCAAUGAAAUAUGCUGGCAGACCAACUAGCAAAUGAUUUUCCAGCUGUAAAUGAAGAAAAUUUAAGCUGAAAUUUUAGAAGGCCAAGAAUUUUAUUUGAAAUUGAACGUUUCAAUCCUGAUAUUCUCUGUGCAGAGGAGGUCGACCAUUAUGCUGAUUUUUUAGAGCCAGAACUUAUAAGACUUGGAUAUGCAGGAUUUUUUCAAAAAAAGCCAUCGUGGCAUCGAGAUGGCUCUGCGAUAUUUUAUAAAACAAACAGGUUUACUGUGAUUUCUAAUGAAGUUUGCCAUUUUGAAGGCCGUAAUCAAUUUGCAUUAGGGGCUAGGCUAUUAGACACGUGGUCAAAUAAAGAAUUUUAUGUCUAUGCUUUGCAUUUGAAAGCGAAUAAAGACUAUGAAGAUGUAAGGGUGAAUCAGAUCAGAUCUUUGAUAAGACAUUUAGAACCAAUUGACUAUACCAAAAGCUUAAUCCUUUGUGGAGACUUCAACAGUUUGCCUGAAAACCCAGCCCAUUUAGAAAUGUUUAACAAUCAGCUUGGCUUGCGAAGUGCUUACAGAGACAUUUUUUCACAAGGAGAAGUCCCUUAUACAACUGUAAAAAUCAGAAAUUCUCUUCAGAAAAAAACCGAAGACUACAUAUGGCUCCGUGGCUUCCAAAUCCAAAGCUUGCUUUCAAUUCCAUCAUUAGAAGAAAUUGGGCCUAAUGGUCUUCCAUCUCCACAUUAUCCAAGCGACCAUUUAUCAUUAGCUGUCCGGUUAAUUUAA